CCAACAGGCCAACUCUCAGCAUGCUUUGCUGUAAUGAACUCCCAUCCCUCACCACACGUGGGAAGAACAUCCAGUAUCAACCUCAUGAGGUCAGUGACCUCUGCUCGAGAGUAGUUUAUAGUACCAGUCUUUCGGCCGGUAUUGCCACUGGCUGCAGGCUGAGCAGUCCUGCGGCCACCACUAUUGCCAGCAGCACUACUGCCACCACCAGCAGUUGGUGCCUCCAUGGUGGUGUUACUAGUAACAAAUAUAAUGUGGGGGAUGGGACAACAAUGUUGUUGCUCGCCCUCCUCCUCUUGCUCCUCUCUUUGCUGCAACAAAGAGAGGAAAUAGAAUGCACUGACUAACAGCACGGAUCGAGACAUUGUUUCUUUAUGUCUUGGGCGCCAUUCUUAUAUACUAGUGAAGAGGCGCCUUCUUUGGUACUUGUUUAGAAAAGAGUAUGUUUGACCGGGUGUUAAUUUYGGCGGGCCUUUCUGUUGAAUCUUACAACGGACUCGAAAUUUUGAUUCGUGGGUUCCCUAGUAAUAGAUUUAGCACAUUUUGGAUCGGUCCGUUGGACCCAUCCAAAAUAUGCUAAAUCUAUUACAUUGUGUGCUAGAAUUUUGGUCCGUCCGUCUAUCAAAUUUAGCAUUUCUAUAAUAACGGGAAUCACUCAUUCACUCACAAAUCGCUCUAUUGCAAAAAUGGGAGUAUUAGGGUAUGAUUAAUACAUACGUAUGAUACUAUGAUUCCAUAUCGAUAAUAUUAUGGUAUACAGUACGUAGGGUACGAGUACAUGAUUUAUGAUUUGUGAUUUUCAAAGAGGAAUCGUAUCGAAUCGUAGUACCGUACUUCGUACCAUCCAUCGCCAAACAAAAACCAUCUCGUCAAAACUGAACUUCCGUUCCGGUUAGGGCAACUCGAACGAGUAGUACGGGCACGCGUACUGAUACGAGUACGAGUACUACGCCGAAACCCAACCCUUUCUACUGUUCAGAACAGCACAUGAAAUGGGUUCAACAAAGUGCCGGUUGUUAUUUUCUUCUAGUCACAAGAUUCCUUUUCACCAUAUCGAAGAACAGCAUCGGCACCGUACACUAGAACAACAUCAGCAAAACACGGAGAGAAUUCGUUUCUUCCGUAGCCAAGUGCUGUUUUCAAAAAAGAAAAGUUGCCGAGANUUUCGUCCUGAACGAUUCCGACAUUUGGCAUAUCUACCCGUGAUUUAGCUCACACUCGUAUCAAACGGACAAACCCUAGUCCCAUAAAUCAUAUUCACUCACAAAUCGCUCUAUUGCAAAAAUGGGAGUAUUAGGGUAUGAUUAAUACAUACGUACGAUACUAUGAUUCCAUAUCGAUAAUAUUAUGGUAUACAGUACGUAGGGUACGAGUACAUGAUUUAUGAUUUGUGAUUUUCAAAGAGGAAUCGUAUCGAAUCGUAGUACCGUACUUCGUACCAUCCAUCGCCAAACAAAAACCAUCUCGUCAAAACUGAACUUCCGUUCCGGUUAGGGCAACUCGAACGAGUAGUACGGGCACGMGUACUGAUACGAGUACGAGUACUACGCCGAAACCCAACCCUUUCUACUGUUCAGAACAGCACAUGAAAUGGGUUCAACAAAGUGCCGGUUGUUAUUUUCUUCUAGUCACAAGAUUCCUUUUCACCAUAUCGAAGAACAGCAUCGGCACCGUACACUAGAACAACAUCAGCAAAACACGGAGAGAAUUCGUUUCUUCCGUAGCCAAGUGCUGUUUUCAAAAAAGAAAAGUUGCCGAGAUAUACUAGAUUCUUGCUUGAAAACAAAACAACACGGAAGUUGAGGCUGAUUCAGUUCUAUCCGCUUGCGGUGUGGUGGUAAUUKUAUUUUGUUCAUAGAUUUAAGGCUCGUGGAUUCAAAAUGGGACGGUAUCACUUUCGAGACGACGAGGAGGACGACRAGCACCACAUCGAUGCCACAGACAAUGAUCACAACAGCAACGGCAUGCACCAUUGCUAUGGAAGCAGCCUAGAGGAAGGAGAAAUCAUAGAAGAAGAAGAGGGGGAUAUGACCAGAGAUUACCGUCGAACCAAUCAUCACAACAGUCACCAUGGAAUGGACAUGGACAUGGAUAUAGACGUCGUCGUCGACGACGACACCAAUUGUGAUGAUUACGAAUCCCGCUGCUCUCAAACGUGGCGCCAGGCUCCGAAAAGAUCCGCGGUCGAAUUUUGCGACAUCGAUCGCUAUGACGAUGUCAACGAUGCUGACUUUGACCAUGGAAAUAGAAAACGGCCGUUCUCUUUCUCUGUCCCUUCCUUUGCGUCCCUCGCGGGAGGGAGGGCACAUGGCGACGACCGUUGUGGUGAUUCUCAAAACAAUUGCCGGAAAGCUAGAGAAGAUGGAGGCCACGACGGUGUCGACGACGACCCCGACGAUGAGAGAUGCAGGGGAUCCCAGGACCAAAAMUCCGAAACCCAAAACGAAUACCGAUUGAUAGCCUCAUCCAAAUACGAUCGAAACUACGAUCGGGACGAUUUCUUUUGUGGCAGCGGCACYAAUGCGUUCAGCGAGGGUGAACAAGACCACGAACACAACGAUGUCAACAAUGGCARUACGCAUAACACGCACUGUCCCCAGCAUGAUGGCAGUAAUCAGAUAGUGCGAUCUCCUUUCUCGAAUCAACGGCAGCUUGCUUCCAACACGAGCAACGCCAAGCCCGAAAUCCAUUACCAUAUUUACGUUUCGGAAUCACAAGCUUCCCGCUGGUUCCCCCCCGUGGAAGAUGAAAUCAACAGCCGYCACYAUGACGAUGGAACCGAGAAGGACCRGAGAACGAGGCGAAUUGGGGGGAUAAAACGAAUAACAUCCAUGGCCCUCUUGACCCAUCUUUUGGCGCUGCUGGCCUAUCGGUACAACCUGAUCCCAGCAGUGCCAGAAUGGAUGUCUGUAUCACCACCACCMUCGUAUUUGACCUGGGACGAAUACUACCACGACCAGUUUCGGUUGGUCAAGAGARUUUCCAGGGAAGCGAACUCGCUGUGGAAGCACCUGCUAACAACCGCAAGAGCAAGGUCAUCGAACAUAAAGAGUAGCAGAACGAGCAGUGAUAUCGCUGCUCCGAUUUACGACUUUCCCGAGUCUUGGUGGUCGUUUCCAGAAAAACAACAGGCRUCACAMACGAAUAUCGACGUUGAUGGCGGGUUUGAKGAUGGCCAAUACAACUCGUUCGACGUCGACAGAUACUACCCACACCACGGAUGGCUACACGGCCACGAUCAAGUUUUGGAAGAUCUCCGGAUCGGUUUGAACGCUUGGUCGUCCAAAAAAGCGAAUCAAAGGGAAGCUCGCCAACGCCAGCGCAAACGGCAUGGGUACCAUAGUAGCAGCAGCAGCAGCAGUAGUAGCCUCCAUGCCCCUCCACUCGUGAUCUAUGCCUCGGGUGGAAAGGGGGUCGGCAAACGAUCCUUGGCUCGGCUGCUGUUGGGACAAUUGCUCCGAACCCAACGAACCAAUGGCAAUGAGAUGGACACCAGGAAGGUACCGAACACGUCUUUGGACGACUGCGAAGAUGUUUGGGCACAGCAAAAAGCAGCAGCAACAGCAGCACACUCGUGAUCUAUGCCUCGGGUGGAAAGGGGGUCGGCAAACGAUCCUUGGCUCGGCUGCUGUUGGGACAAUUGCUCCGAACCCAACGAACCAAUGGCAAUGAGAUGGACACCAGGAAGGUACCGAACACGUCUUUGGACGACUGCGAAGAUGUUUGGGCACAGCAAAAAGCAGCAGCAACAGCAGCAGCAACAGCAGCAGCCACCGCUUUUCGAUGGGACGAAACUUUCCAGGAGGAGAACGUUGCUAGAUCGGAACGUGGACGCUCGCGGUAUUGCCCCCUGUUGCACCUGACGCCUUCGGAUUAUUAUUUGGAAGAAGAGCAGGAAGACGUCCAURGUGGACAGGGCCAUGGCKACGAUGGCGUUUUGUCUUCCCAUCUGCAUCGCAGAAUUCUAGACCACGUYGUGGCAGCCGGCGGGGGGGCUUCCAUUGUCUUGUUGGAUCGAGUGGAUUGCUCUUGCCAUCCAACAGACGAUAGCGAUGCCGCAGCAAUCCGUGAUGGCAUGCAUUCCGCAACGGGUUGUACCUGCGGAGGCGAGCACUCGGGACGAUGGUGGCAAGGUCUGAGGAUGUUCAUUGCUUCCCAGCCGGCGGUCUUUGAAAACACGAUCGUGUUGAUGACCUCUCACGUCGGGACGGCCACGGCCGAGAAGUGGACGAGAAAACGCUUGCAGCAGCGGGCCUCUGCAUCGGAGAUGCGGUCCAAGAAAAGCGAGCUGGAAUCCCUGCUGCGGUACGAGAUCCACAAUUAUCACCACGGUAGCAGUGGCAGGAGCGRCCACGGGACGGACGACASCCGGGUCGACGGCCUGGGCACCGACGACUGGCUCAUCGUUCCGAUGGCACCCCUCGAUCGGGAUGCCAUGGGCACCAUCCUUGGUCGAAUGGCUUCCACCGGUGAUCCGAUGGGGGACGCAAAGCGGACCGGAGAGGCCUUUCCUUCGCAUCCGCAUCCGCACCGCCUUUCRGCGACGGAAUCGGCGGCCGAUCGGAUUCUCGACGCGCUGGAGUGGCACCGGUGGGUCCACAAAUCCAGCGGGGACGUCCUGAGGACCUGGAGCCCGGGCGGGGCGGCCCCCCUGGUGCGGUUCUGGAAGGAGCGGGUCUCGCAAGAGGUCGAGGACCGCCGGAAAGCGUGCGUCCCUUCCGGGGAGGCCCCCCCCGGAAGCCCGUGGAUUCUUCUGCUGGACACCGACGCCGACGCCGACGAAAAGGGAUCCGGCGAUCGGCUGGUGCUGCGGUCGUGCCUGCCCGCGACCGAGGGCGAAAAGGAUGGCGGCGAUCCUUCCCCCCCUUYCGGCCGCGGCCUCGCCAGGAGGACCGUGGAGGGCCGGCGCCUGGGGUGCUUGGGGGAGGACCCUUCCGCGGAGGAUUCCUACGCCUGCCGCUUCUACCUGUGAGCGCCGCGGGGGACGGGACGGGACUAGACGAGACGAA